AUGAUAGUCAAGAUUGUAAUGGUCCUUGUCACCAUAAUUAGCGCCGAGCAAGAAGUUAUAGUGGCGAUUGAUGAACCCGGCAAAACCCAAUAUCAUGAAGCAAACUUCAAUACAAGUUCAUAUCAGUAUGGUUACGAAGUAGGACCGAAUGGUCAAUUUCAUCACGAAACGCGCGGUCCUGACGGUGUCACUUACGGUUGCUAUGGGUAUAUUGAUCCCAACGGACAGUUACGUGUAACACACUACGUGGCGGAUACACAUGGCUACCGAGUAGUGGAACCUAAUCGACCCGUCGAAAUUUUCGUCGAUGCUCCCACACAGUACAGCAAUUCGAUUUCGGAAGAUGAACCACAGGAAAGACGGCGGGGUGAGUUGCGCCCGUGGACGGAAUUGUACCUUCCCAAGGGAUGCGGCAUGUUUCCGGGUGGGAUGCGUCCGGAUGGAUCAGGUGGUAGCACACCGACACCGACGGCACCUACAUAUCCAAGCACCGGUGGAAGUGGCAGUUCACAAGGAAAUAAACCAUCUAACCAGGGUCAAGGCCAGGGUCAAGGCCAGGUACAAGGUCAGGGACAAGGACAAGGGCAAGGACAUGGGCAGGGACAGGGGCAAGGGCAGGGGCAGGGACAGGGACAGGGACAGGGACAGGGACAGGGACAGGGUCAGGGACAGGGACAAGGGCAGGGACAGGGUCAGGGUCAGGGUCAGGGACAGGGACAAGGGCAGGUACAAGGACAAGGACAGGGACAGGGAAAUGGGCAGGGACAGGGGCAGGGGCAGGGACAGGGACAGGGACAGGGACAGGGACAGGGACAGGGACAUGGACAGGGACAGGGACAGGGACAGGGACAGGGACAGGGACAGGGACAGGGACAAGGGCAGGGACAGGGUCAGGGACAAGGACAAGGGCAGGGACAAGGGCAGGUACAAGGACAAGGACAGGGGCAGGGACAAGGGCAGGUACAAGGACAAGGGCAGGGACAGGGCCAAGGGCAAGGGCAAUGGCAAAGCCAAGGGCAAGGUCAAGGACAAGGGCAUGGACAGGGCCAGGGCCAGGGACAGGGACAGGGACAGGGACAGGGACAGGGACAAGGACAGGGACAAGGUCAAGGACAAGGCCAGACUCAAUGGCAAGGACAAGGACAGGGACAGGGACAAGGACAAGGGCAAGGGCAGGGGCAAGUACAGGGUCAAGGACAGGGGCAAGUACAGGGGCAAGGACAGGGACAAGGACAGGGACAAUGGCAAGGACAGGGGCAGGGACAAGGGCAGGGACAAGGGCAAGGACAGGGUCAAGGUCAAGGGCAAGGACAAGGACAAGGACAAGGCCAAGGCCAGUGGCAAGGGCAAGGACAAGGGCAAGCACAAGGUCAGGGACAUCGCCCAGGACAAGGUCAAGCUCAAGGACAAGGUCAAGGGCAAGGGCAAGGACAGGGGCAACGUCCAGGACAAUCUCAAGGACAAGGACAAAUACAAGGCCAAGGGCAACGUCCAGGUCAAAAUCAAGGACAAGUUCAAGGACAAGGACAGGGUCAGUGGCAAGGGCAAGGACAACGUCCAGGCCAAAGUCAAGAACAAGGACAACAACAGGGUCAAGGACAAGGACAACAACAAGGUCAAGGCCAAGGACAACAUCAAGGUCAAGGACAACAACAGGGUCAAGGUCAAGGACAACAACAGGGUCAAGGUCAAGAACAACAACAAGGACAAGGUCAAGGUCAUGGGCAGGGUCAACAUCAGGGGCAACAUCAGGGUUCACAUCAAGGACCCAUAAGCUCUGGGCAACAUCAGGGUCAACAUCAAGGUGGUCAUCAAGGCUCUAGUGGUGGACAUCAAGGACAACAUCAAGGAUCACAUCAAGGCCCUAUUAGCUCCGGACAACAUCAGGGCCAGCAUCAAGGCAACCAUCAAGGCUCUAGUGGAGAGCAUCAGGGUCAACACCAAGGAUCGCAUCAAGGUCCUGUCAAUUCUGGACAGCAUCAAGGACAGCAUCAAGGAAACCAUCAAGGCGUUCAAGGCGGGGCGCAUCAAGGCCAGCAUCAAGGAUCACAUGAGGGUCCUAUCAGUUCUGGUCAGCAUCAGGGUCAGCAUCAAGGAAGCCAUCAAGGCUCCAGUGGAGAGCAUCAGGGGCAACAUCAAGGAUCACAUCAAGGACCUAUUAGUUCCGGACAACACCAGGGACAACAUCAGGGAAGUCAUCAAGGAAUACACAGCGGCCAAAAUCAGGGAGAGCAUCAGCAUCAGCAUCAGGGUCCGGUAGUAGACAAUCAGCAUCAGACCAGCCAUCAAGGAAGUCAUCAAGGCAUAUCGCAAGGAGAGUUCCAGGGUCAACAUCAAGGACAGCACCAGAAACCGAUCAGCGGUAACAAGGAAGAGCACAAUUUACAGGUGCAAGUUUCUUGGGGACAAGAACAGCAAGGUCAAUCCCAAGGCCAGCAAGGCCAAACCCAAGGACAGCAAGGUCAAACCCAAGGACAGCAGGGCCAAACUCAAGGCCAAUCUCAAGGUCAAUCUCAAGGGCAACAAGGUCAAUCUCAAGGCCAAUCUCAAGGACAGCAAGGCCAAUCUCAAGGGCAGGGACAACGUCCACCACAAGGAGUACACAUUGGGAUUGGGUUUAAGCCGGGCAAUGGGGGACUACAUACAUCGCUGGGCCUGGGUGGAUCGCACGGUGGCAUAUCUUUAGGGGCGGGCAUAUCAACAGCCGGCAUUAGUGGCAUGGCGAGUUCUUCCCAUACCGGACCGAACCAUAGUGUAGCGGGCACGAUCGGCGGUUCCAUAGGUUCGACGAGCGGCGUGCAGGCGACUGCAGGUGCGAAUGCAUCCGCUUCUAUCCUGGGUGCGAUGAUUGAUCAUACGCACACGUCAAACGUCACGGUGACAGGAGAGGGCGUACAUGUGUCGCAUGGUGGCCAGAACAUGAUCGAUACGCAGCAGGUGACUGUAGCAGGAACGGUCGGUGUAGCGGUUGGCGUCGAAGCAGGUUUGAUAGAUACCUCUCUUAAUCAUACCGGGCACGUUUCGGUCGGUGGUAUCGACGUAAGUAGCGCCACGACGGUUGGCGCAGGAAUCGAGGCUAAUCACACAGCGGUCGGAGUAGGUGCACAGCUAACGCACAACGCCAGUAUUUCGAUUCCAACCGUCGCUCCAGGACCAACAACCGUGCCUCCUCCGGAAGAAAUGCAGCCUACCUCGAGUACGCCCGUUCCGGGAUCACCGGGUACUGCAAUUGGAGUGUAUCCACCGACGAAGCCGAUCGAUACUAGCUCACCACCUGCCUCAUCAUCAUCCUCAUCUUCGCCACCACCCUCGUCACCUUCAUCUCCACCAUCGUCAUCCGGUGGUGACAACUAUACCCCACCUCCGAAUUAUCAGAUAGCCGUAUCGCAGUAUCCGUAUUUCUUCGUUCCUUAUCCUUAUCCUCCACCGAAUGUGCCUCAGGCACCCUGCAACUGCCCGGCGGACCAGCAAAAUCAACAAGGUCAACAGCAACCGGCCGGUUACUUGGGUUUCAUACCGGUACUCUAUAUCCCGAACUGUCACGCUCAGAAAAGUGGUUUGCCGGCGAACUUUAAUUGGCCGGCACCACCUCCACCGGAAGGAUUCGGUCGGUCAUUGGACGAACUACCGGCGCAAAGGUUGUUUCAGAAACCUGACGGAAGCUGGGUACUGCAGCGUGCACGCAAUCGCUCGCGUAGACUUCGUGCCCGUCGUCCGGCAGCUAGGCGAUUUUACACCGAGCAGGAGAAUCCAGGCAAGAAGUAA